AUGUACUCGAAGUCUCCUCUCAGCGGAACGAAGAAGAGGCCUCAUGAGGCGUCGGGUGUGGAGGGGCCAGAAAAGAGUCGGCCUGUUGUGGAUUUGUAUGGUGAUGUUUUUGACAAUGUGAAGGUAAUGACACCCCCCAUGAAGUUGAACAAAAGGCCCCGUGAAGAGACACCGGGAAAAAGUUCAAGUGGGACUGUUCAAGCCAAAGAUGAUGGGUGUGAAAUGGUAUACAGGUUUCGUGUACUACUUCCGAAUGGCACUGCUGUGGAGCUCAAAAUGAGUGAGCUGCGCAAAGAGAUGCCAAUUGAGAAGUUCAUUGGUAUAGUUAGAAGAGAAUAUUCUCUUCUAGCCAACCAGAAGACGUCCUUGGGACAAAAGAGAAAAAUCAAUUGGGACUACCAGGACCUACACUUCACAGAUACACAAGAAAAUAAGAUAAAACUCAAAAUAGAUUUCCAGAAAUUCUUGCCCAACAUCUGGCACUUGCUUUGGCUUCAUGAUGGAUCCCUAGAGCCAGAUGAAUAUGAGGACAUGUGGGAUCUUACCCCAGAUACCGAUUUGCUUAAAGAGUUACCCGAUGAUUAUACAUGUGAAACAGCUCUGGCUGACCUGAUAGAUAAUUCCCUACAAGCUUUAUGGUCCAAUGGCAAAGGAGAAAGAAGAUUAAUUAGUGUGCAAUUGGAGCCUGGGAAAAUUUCCAUUUUUGACUCAGGUCCAGGAAUGGAUGGUGCUAAUGGGAACAUAGUCAAGUGGGGAAAAAUGGGAGCAUCUCUUCACCGCUCCAUGAGAGAAAAAGCAAUAGGGGGAGAACCUCCAUAUCUAAUGCCUUUCUUUGGAAUGUUUGGUUAUGGUGGUCCAGUAGCGGCAAUGUGUUUGGGAAGGCGAGCUGUUGUUUCUUCAAAGACAAAGCAAAGUAACAAGGUAUUUACAUUACACAUGGAAAGAGAAGCAUUAGUAAGUGCCUCCCAUCUGGAAAACUGCUGGAAGACCAAAGGAGGUAUUAGAGAUCCUUUGAAAGAUGAAAAUCUGAAAUCUCCACAUGGAAGCUUCACAAAAGUUGAAAUAUUUGAUCCCAAGCCAAAAGUGAAGAAUCUGUACAUAAGGCAAUUGCGAUGUAAAUUGAAGGACAUAUACUUUCCUUAUAUCCAGUGUGAUGAAAUGUCAGGAAAGACAAGUAGACCGAUUAUAUUUGAGGUAAAUGAGAUGGACUUAGCUGGAAUACAAGGUGGGGAAGUUGCCACUACAAACAUGCACUCAUGUAAUGGUCCCGAAUUUGUCGUGCAAGUUCAAUUUAGUACCACUGCAGAUUCUUCUACAUUGGCUGGUCAAAAUCAAAGAGUGUCUGCUACAGCAAAUGCAAGUCUGAAGUGUGUUUACUUUCCCAUAGUUGGGGGUACAGAAAGUAUACAGAUGAUACUUGAUAAGUUAAAUGAAGAUCAUUGUGGAAUCAAAGAGAGCUUUGAAAGCUUCAGUCAUGUAUCUGUUCGAAGGUUGGGCCGUCUCCUGCCAGACGUUCGCUGGGGUUUGCUUCCUUUUAUGGAGCCCAAACAUAAAGUAGGUGAAAGAGCUAAGAUUCUUAUGAGAUUCUGCUCUAGAGUGAAAUGUUUCAUAGAUACUGAUUCCGGCUUCAAUCCAACACCUCAUAAGACAGAUUUAGCCCACCAUCACCCCUACACCAAGGCUCUAAAGAACUUUGGCAAGAGAUCAGAUGAUGAUAGAAAAGUCAAAAUCUCUAGAGAUGGAAAGGCUUUGACAUUCGGUCAGCUACAGACGCUAUAUAAUGAUUGGAUUAUGGAAAUGCAUGAUCGUUAUGACGAGGAAACUGAUGAUGGCCUGGAUGAACCCAUACUUAUUGUUGGUGCUUCGAAGGAGAAAAAGAAUAAAAAGCUCGACCUCAAAUCUAUGCUGAGGGUUCAUAAAGAGAUCCAGAGGAAGGGCAUAUUUUGGAAAGCUGGUAUGAAUAUCAAAAUUUUAAGGGGAGCGUGUGCUGGAUGCCAUAACAACAAUGUGUAUGCCACACUUGAGUAUGUCAUCUUGGAAGGGCUUCAAGGGGAUGCUUCUGGCGAGGCUCGACUAAUUUGCAGGCCACUUGGUCUUCCCGAAGAAAAAGCAUGCCAUCUUUUAGUUAGGGAGGGGAACUGCACUAUUGACAUUAACGACUCUUGCGUGUUUCCAAUAAGAAUAAUUGAUUCUGACAAGUGCUUACCUGUUGAUGACAUUGAAUGGAAAGCAAAGCUUGAGGCGUUCAAGCAGAAAUUGCCUGCUGCCAUAGAUUUAUUAAGUCAGGCCGAUUGCCAAGAAUUGGAGAUUGAUGGGGGAUUGCCUAGUCUACUAAAUGCCGGAGAUUUUCUUCCGGAUAACAUUGUUGCUGUUGUACGUCCGUGUUCUUUUAAUAAUGGAAAUAGCUCUAAGAGAUUGGACCAAAAGUUCAUUGUUAGAGAUAAUCAGGAAAUGAUUCUAGAAAUCGUCAAACAGAGAGCUAGUGAUGGUGAAGCUGGAAAUAGGGAGCAUGCUUAUUCUGUGAGGCAUCCACCUGAAUCCUAUAAGGGGCUUCAUGGUCUAUAUAUAUUUCCAUUGGGCUCGAGACAGCGCCUGCUAUGUGAGGAGCCUGGCAUCUUAACUUGUUCAUUUUCACUGAAAGAUAUCAAGGAUAUUAAACUUGAACAUAAGGUGCAAGUUCAGGGGCCAUAUGGAAUAGGCAGAUGGGUAGUCUUAAAUCAUGAUGAAAAUGAACCGUACACCGUAAGGGUGGGUUCUUGUUGCAGAACUCUAUCUGUAGUUUGCCUUGAUGAACACAAGAAACGCAUCAGAUUUAAAGGUUUUCCAGACUUGCUCAUCAAGCUCACCUCAAAUGGUAGAAAUCUUGCUCAAGAUUGUAGAAAGAAAGUGGAAAUUACACCAGACAAGUUAACUAUGAAAAUUAAGGAUAUUUUCAUUUCAAGCAGUGAAUUAGAUCAUAUCAGGCCAAAUUAUGAAGCAAGGUUACUCCUAAGCACACCAGAUAAAGCAUUUUCAGUUGCUUUAACAUGUCGAGUUAUGCCCGCACCUCCGAAAAAGAUCACUGUGCAUCCAACUGAACUACGAAAACAGUUACUUCCUGGCCAGAUUAUCAAGGAACUUGCACUAGAAGUGUUUGAUGAAUAUGGCAACCAUCUAAAAGAAAAUGACCUCAUUUUGCUAAGAUUAGAUGGGUUGUCCAUUCAAGAUGGAAGUGGAAUCAACUGUGGUCUUGUUAUGGAGAGUAAAAAGAAGGUUGAUGCUAAUGGCCGCGUUGAUCUGAGCAAUCUUCUUAAAGUUUCUGCCGGAUAUGGCAAAAGAGUUAUGCUUAGUGUAAUGUCAAAAGACGGAGUUAUUUUUGAGCUGCGGUUUCAGACAGAAGUAAGAGAGCUACGAGCACUGCAAAAGGUUUUCAUGAACUAUGAAGCAGGUUCCCUGUUAAAGGAUGUUGCAUUUGAGAUUGUUGAUUCUGAAGGAAAGGUUGAUGAAAGGAUCCACGAUGACGAUAAACAUGGGCAGUCUCAUACUCUGACAAUCAAGUGCAGAUCAUUUCGCAUUGAUGAGUCUGUGAAAUACAGGUUCCUCAAUGGAUGUUGCACUGUUCCCUCUAUUCCUCUCCCUUGUGAAGAAGGAGCUGUCUUCUUUGAAGCUGUGCAUUCUCGUCAUCCGGAACUAAAGUUUGCCAUAAAGGUUAUUGUUCAGAAGGCGCGGCAAAAGAAUCGUGAUUAUGUGAGAAAUGUGAGAAAUCAUGUGGAUAUAAUAGGGAAUCACAUACAUCAGCCCAAAAAUUCAUUUGAAAAUGAAGCAGCUCCAGAAAUUUUGCCGAGUCAGGUUCAUCUUGAGAAACAGCAGCAAGAGAAACUUGACAGUGCCAUGAAUCCCGACGAUGUAGGAAAUCCAAUACUUUCAACUCCAAUAUCAUCAGAACAUGAACAUAACUUCCCUAUCUUGCCUUCCUUGAGGGUAUCAGACGUUAUGAAUGAGAUCUCCUCUCCGCAUAGUUUAGGGAAUCCCAUACUAUCAACCCCAAGAUCAUCUGAACACGGACAGAACCUCCCUGUCUCACCGCCCUCAAGGGUAUCACAAGUUAUGAAUGAGACCUUUUCACCGCAUAGUUCUGGGAGUCCUUUCCUAUCUAGGGUUUCGCAAGAGAUGAACAUGACCUUUUCUCCGCCUAGUUCAUGUAAUUCAAUAUCAACCCCAAGUUCAUCCAAACUAGGAUUCCUCCCGGUCUCACCUUCCUUGAGGGUACCACAAGUUAAGAACGAGAUCUUAAGUCCGCAUAGUUCAAAGGGGUGUGUAUCGCCCAUCAGUGAUUCACCCCCUUUGAAGACUCCGGAAUUGGAUACACACACUCAGAGCAGAAAUCCAGUUACAUUAUGUAGUAAGGAAAGUUGUUCGGAGCAGGAGCUAGAGGAUGAUCUUAUUAACAGUGCAAUGCAAAUGUCAAGUCAAAUGGAUAAGUUAGAGAUACAACGGAGUACUCUGUCACAAAUCCAGCUAGAAAUAUCGCAGUUACAAGCUGUGAUAGCUCCUGAUCUUGGUACCAAUGCAUUGAACGUAUGUGGCCUAUACCCGACUAUGAAACAAAUAGAAAGCAGAAGUCAGACAGCAGCUGCUGCAAUCUGCAAAAUGCUGGAAGAUGAUCUAGUGUGCAAAGGCAUUGUGGGCGUGGUGGCACUUUUGGGAACAGUUGAAAGCUUCGAGCUCAGCAGGAUGCUGGCACUAUUUCUCGGUGAGGAUCAAAUGCUUGCAAUUGUUUGCAGAAACUACGCAGCCGCACAAUCUCUAGACGCCAACACCCUGCACAAGUUGGCCGACUACAAUGCAUUUUGCCUCGAGGACAUCAGGCCAAGAUCCAACGAGCCAAGCAGCGAGCUUCUACCAUUGCGGGACCCGACCUUACCAAAUGGCAGCGCCCAUCAUGGUUUCCUUGGCUAUGCAGUUGACCUGAUUAACAUAGAACCGGACCGUUUACAUUGGAGAACCACCAGCGGCCAUGGCCUCCGCGAGACUUUAUUUCAUCGCCUUUUUGGGAAGCUUCAAGUCUAUAAAGACAGGGAGUGCAUGAUGGCAGCAGCCCAAUCUUGCAUCGAGGGAGCUGUCUCGUUAGAUGGAGGUGUCCUGAGAGGGAAUGGACUCCUCUCUCUAGGCCUUCGGGAACCAAAAAUCUUGUUUCCAGUGAUGAAGAAAGCUACGCAUGCAGAUACUUUGAGAAAGUUGGCAGCAAAAGAGAUGGAGCUGGUGAAGAUAAAGCAGCGCGUGGACGAGGAACUAGACGUGUUUCGGCUUUGCCAUGAGAAGUUUUCCAUCUGCCAACAAAAGUACAACAGCUACAUGUCUCAGACUCAUAUAUAGGAUCAUAGUGUCUUCCCUUCCCAUGACAUAUUUUGUUAUUUAUAUACUGAUUGGCAACGGCGUAGAAUUAUUGCUAAUCCGCUGCUAACCAUUUUAUACAAGCAGAAUUAUGACAAUUACCAAUGAAAUUGUCCGCUAGUAA